AUUGUCAUAGAUAUACGCACGGAAGCGUCGAGUCGUAGCGAGGCCCUUCGCUACGAAUUUUCAGCCUGCUCUGAAAAUUCUUAGGCGUCCGGUGAUAACGUUUCGAUCUACGAUUAACACAAAUCAUAACGUGAUAUUCGUGCUUGAAGCAGUGCAUUGUAACAUAUGUAUUGUGAGUUGCGUGAAAGUUGAAAUUGUGUAACGUAUAUCGACGUGAUUUUGUCGAACUGUUACUCGGAUUACUCGAUAUUACGGACGCCAUAACAACUUCCAUUUAUAAUAUACGAUACUCUUGGAAGAAGGAGCUCAGUGAAGAUGCCAGAAUUAACGGAACUUGACAAAGCAGCCAGCUCGGAGCCUACCAAGGUAGAGUUGGUGGGUAUUGGUUCAGCGACUGAUUCAGAUUCCGAUGACACAAUACCUGAAUUGGAAGAUGCAGGUACUCCAGGCACUGUCAGUUUUCCUGGCACGGCUGUCACUGGACUUCCAAUUGAUAUGGUUUCUAAGGCUAAGCAAAGCCGUGGUGAAAAGAAAGCUAGGAAGUUGAUGAGCAAGUUGGGAUUAAAACCAGUACAAGGAGUUAACAGAGUGACCAUUCGUAAAUCAAAGAACAUUCUGUUUGUUAUAAAUAAACCAGAUGUCUUGAAGAAUCCAGCUUCAGAUACUUACAUAGUGUUUGGUGAAGCCAAGAUUGAGGAUCUCAGCCAGCAAGCUCAAGUAGCAGCUGCUGAAAAAUUCAAGGAACCACCAGUUGUACCAGCAACUGAAGCUGGCGGUAGUACUACAGUUGUUGCUCCUAUACAAGAGGAAUCUGAAGAAGAAGUGGAUGAAACAGGUGUGGAAGAAAAGGACGUUGACUUGGUGAUGUGUCAAGCUAAUGUGUCACGAGGGAAAGCUAUUAAAGCUCUUAAGAACAAUCAAAAUGACAUUGUUAAUGCUAUCAUGGAAUUGACAAUGUGAUGAAGCUGUUUAAAAGUAGAGUGUGCUACAUGAUAGCUCGCGUUGGGAGGUGAUAAUUUUCAGCUGUACAUCAUCAGGAGGUACUACUUUUUAUUUCAUCACAUUGAGGAAAGAAAAUAAUUGUGACAUUGUGAAUAAUUGGUUACUUUGAACGCAUCUGUUAAUGAACCUCGAAAUAUUGGAUUCACAUGUAUAUACAUAAUUCAUGUAAAAGAAAGAAAAAUAAAUACAUUAAGUACACAACAUAUUUUCCUGGCAUUUUGUCAGGAAUAACCA